AUGGAGACGAUCUCUAGGAUCUCAUCCAUGCUGGAAACUGGUAGCGUGCUCGCCGUUGUCAUUCCCCGCCUUCAAUCACUGACCGUGGAUGCUCGGGAACAGCUCGAGAGCUCACUUUGGAAGCUGCUCAGUCCGCUGCUCUCACGCGAGGGUCAAGUACAGGCCUCUGCAGCGCAGAUCAAGAAGCUACUGGAAAGUCGCAAUGACCGCGAGGUCUUGGAUGGCAUGCGGAAGGUGAUUUCGUUGAUCUACUCAUCUGAGCCUUCCCUUCCAUUCUUCUCCGCCGUUGUAAAGAACGUCGCAUCGACAAACCUCGAAGUGAAGAAAUUGGUCUACAUAUACCUGGUCCAUCAUGCGGAGGCAGAGCCAGACCUCGCUCUCUUGUCAAUCAAUACGAUCCAGAAGUCGCUUACGGAUCAGAAUCCUCAAGUCCGUGUGAUGGCGUUACGAACAAUGUCUGGAAUUCGAGUGCCGGUCAUUAGUCAGAUUGUCUCUCUUGCGAUCAAAAGAGGUUGUGGAGAUAUGAGCCCUCAUGUUCGUAAAGCUGCCGCAUUGGCCAUUCCGAAAUGCUACCGCCUCGAUCCGAAUACACUACCCCAGCUGAUUGGAUAUCUAUCAACCCUGCUCGGUGAUGCUCAGUAUUUCGUUGCAGGUCCCGCGGUUUCAGCAUUCUUGGAGGUCUGCCCGGACAGGAUUGAUCUAAUUCAUAAGCACUAUCGAAGCUUGGUAAAAAAGCUUGUGGACAUGGACGAAUGGGGUCAGCUAGCGACUCUACGCCUUCUGACAGAAUAUGCCCGAAAAUGCUUCCCUAGAAGGACACAAAAACUGAAGAGGGCAGUGUCCAAGGGGUUCUACGAUGACGAAAAGAAUGAUGACGGCGAAGGCGACGGGGAGGAAUACGAGGUUCCGGUAAUAGAUCCCGAUUUGGAGCUUUUGCUGCGGGCUUGCAAGUUACUCUUGCACAAUCGCAACGCUGCCGUGAUCGUUGGCGUGGUUCGUUGCUUUCUAUAUCUUGCUCCACCCGACUAUCUUGCUGCUGUGGUUGGCCCCUUGAUUGCUCUUCUUCGAAGCCCACAGGAUAUGCAGCAGAUCGCGCUCUACAAUAUUGUUGUCGUCGCGUUGCAGCACCCUCAGUUUUUCACCAAGUAUACCUCGCAUUUCUUGGUUCAUGCAUCAGAUCCAUCUCACAUAUGGCGCUUGAAGCUCGAAAUCCUCACAAUCCUUUUUCCGCAUUGUGGAAUGCAUCUCAAAGGUGUGAUCAUCAACGACUUAGAGCAUUUCUCGCAAGGCGCGGACGCCGAACUAGUGCGGGAAAGUGUUCGUGCACUCGGGCGUUGCGCACAAGGCGAACCCAGCACUGCGGACUAUUGUCUGAAUGUUCUUCUUCGUCACAUUACGAGCCAAGACGAUGUCUUGGUAUCGGAAUCCUUGACGGUAAUCAGACACCUGAUUCAGCAGGACCCAGCUUCUCAUGAACGAACCGUCAUCCAACUUGUGAGAAAUCUAGGGUCGACCAAUAGCUCCGAAGCCAAGGCAACCAUUGUAUGGCUUGUUGGAGAAUUCGCUGGUGUGGAACCGGAAAGAAAUUUUGCACCGGAUGUUCUGCGAAUUCUGGUACAAAAAUUUGCCGAUGAACCGGAAGUUGUGAAGCAGCAGAUUAUCCUACUUGGCGCUAAGGUGUACUUGCACCACCUAUUACAAAACCCUCCCAAGCAGGAAGCUGAAGCUGAAUCAACCCCGGAGUCAGAGUCCAAACCCGAACAGCAGCCUGGCAACGAGUGGGCCGAUGAUGCUGCAGAGCACAAUGAACCUGAAGUUGAGACGAAGAACGAAGAGCAGCAAGCAGAGGAGCCGCAAGAGGAUCAAAUCGCCCUUCUUUGGCGGUAUAUCCUCCUGCUCGCUAGAUACGACACGUCCUAUGAUCUCCGUGACCGUGCUCGGCUUUACAAAGCUCUUCUGGCCAACCCUUCUUCCACUGAGCUUGCAAAUCUACUGUUAUUAGCGCCUAAGCCUGUUCCUCAUGCUCCUAGCCCAUCGGAAACGCGAAAGAAUCUGCUCAUUGGCUCUUCCACGCUUAUCAUCGGGCCGGAUGCUGGUCCGUUUGGUCUGCAAGGAUAUCAUGACCUUCCAGAUUGGGUCGAAUCUGGACAAGAGCCUGAUCCUAGCUUACGAGAAUCGGAUAUAAAGCCCGAACCUACAGAGAGAGCGUCUAUGACGGCAGGCGAGCGGCUAGAUCAAGCCCUGAGGGAGCAUGAGAGUAACAUUGCAGCUAUGAAGCGGCAGCAACAUGGUCCCGCGGGAAUAGCCCCUUCAACGGUUAAGAACAAAAGUCUUGACCAAUGGCUUGAAGAGGAGGAGUCUGAGAGCGAAGAGGAAACGGACUCUGAAGAAGAGGUAACGGGCUCUGAAGAAGAGGAAACGGACUCCGAGGAAGGAGAAUCGGAGGAAGAAACUGAUGAGGAAGAAGAGGAAGAAGAGACCGAUGAGGAAGACCAGGAGGAAGCCAGGCAGCUUCUAACGCAGGAUAAUUUCCGGCCACCGGCAUCACGCGGUGUCUAG